AACGCAGUCUUUUCAGUUUUCGCAGUUUCAGAGAGAAAGAGAGCGCGUCUCAGUCAUGCCGAAACAGAAAUAAAGUUGCCAACAAGAAACCGGCCAUGGCUUCUCCUUCCCCCCACAACUCCAAGAUCUGCAACUCCCUUUUAAAACCACCAGCCCUCAUCGGCGGCAACCACACAUCCGCCCGAUUCUGCUCCCGCUAAGCCAAAACCCCCGGACGAUUUCUUCAGUUUUAUACACAUUCAAUUUAUUUUUUCGAUUUCGAUUCCCAAAACAGAGAGAAAAAUAUUGGUUUUUUCCCCAAUUUUUUGUAGAGAAAAGGGUAUAUAUUUUGCAGAGAUGGAACCCGGCUCCGCCGCCGCUGGCAAGCCCGGCCUCCUUAAGAACGUUUUUAUACGGUGUUUUUUGUUCGGCGUUUUGAUUGUUCUCUGCCGCUUCGCCUACGUCGUCACCGUCACCGGCGAGUCGUGUGAGCUCGGCAACUUCUGCUUCUUCUCUCUCCCGGAAAAUCUUAACUUCGUUAUAGCGAAGACCGGCAGUGCGGCCAUCGCCGCCAAAAACGACGCCGUGCCAUCGAGGUCGGCGGGGUCCUCGAAGCCCGAUCUCUACACCAGCAAGGACUGGAUCCAGGCCGUCCAUUUCUACUCCGCCGUUUUCCAGGAUCUCAUGUCCCAGGGCUUCCUCUCCCGGAAAGCCAAGUCGCUCUGCGUCGAGACCCCCUCCGGUCACGACGUCUACGCCCUGAGAGAGUCCGGCGUCAAGGACGCGGUCGGUGUUUUUAAGAAAGCGUUGCGUCCUUUGGUAAUUCCGGGCGAAGCGCACCGUUUACCGUUUGCUGACAACAGCUUUGACUUUGUUUUCUCCGGCGGCGGACGUCUCGACAAGUCGCCAAAGCCGGCGGAUUUCGCCGCCGAAAUUGUGCGGACGCUGAAGCCCGAAGGUUUUGCGGUGGUCCACGUGGGCGCGAGAGACACUUACAGCUUCCAUUCGUUUAUUGAAUUGUUCAACUGCAGCAAGGUCGUGACUUCGCGCGACAUCGACGGCUUCAAUUCGUCGAUGCCAAAGAUUCGCGAGAUGGUUUUGAGGAAGGAGUGCGGCGGCGGCGGCGAGAUUGAGGGUUUAGGCCACAGAAUCGAGAACCCUGGUGGCAGUGUUGGUGCUAAGUGCUCGGUUCCUGAGCAUAAGAUGGAGCUGGUGAGAAAGGCGGAGCCUUUGAUUGAAAUAGAGCCGUUGAAGCCGUGGAUUACUCUGAAGAAGAAUAUACAGAACGUUAAGUACCUGCCAACAAUGGCGGAUAUAAGCUUCAAGAAGCGGUAUGCUUACGUGGAUGUCGGAGCUCGGAGCUAUGGCUCCAGCAUUGGCAGCUGGUUCAAGAAGCAGUACCCGAAACAGAACAAGAGUUUCGAAGUUUUCGCCAUUGAAGCCGAUAAGACAUUCCAUGAUCAGUACAAGUUGAAGAAGGGGGUCACAUUGCUACCUUAUGCAGCUUGGGUGAGGAAUGAAACAUUGUCUUUCGAGAUCAAUAGCGACCCGGGUGAGAAGGUGAAGGAGAAAGGCAGAGGAAUGGGGAGGAUUCAGCCGGCAAAGGCGGCCAAUGGCGGAUUUAACAGAGAGGUGGAUCAGAUUCAGGGGUUUGAUUAUGCGAAUUGGUUGAAGAAGACCUUUUCGGAGAAGGAUUUCGUGGUGAUGAAGAUGGAUGUGGAAGGGACGGAAUUCGAUUUGAUUCCGAGGCUGUUUGAGACCGGAGCAAUCUGUUUGAUCGACGAGAUAUUUCUCGAGUGCCAUUACAACCGGUGGCAGAGGUGUUGCCCUGGCGAGAGGAGUUCGAAGUAUGAGAAGAGUUAUGGUCAGUGCUUGGACCUGUUUGCUUCACUGAGACAAAGUGGUGUUCUUGUUCAUCAAUGGUGGUAACAUUGUUACAGGUUUUCUUUGAUUCUAGUCAACCCUCUUUUUUCUUUUUUCUUUUUUUGUAAUUUUGUUUGACAGAGGAACAGGAAAAACUUUAGAAUUUGUUUGUUGUAAGAAUUGCAGAUGAAAAAAGGAAUGAAAAUUUCAUUACUUCA